CCCCCCCUUGCGCGUGCGUGACACGUGAGCUGGGAGGAAGAGGGGGAUGAGGAGGAGGGCGCUCGAGAGCUCCAGUGUCGUGUUCAGCCGAUGAAAUCCACUCACACACGCGCGGGCGGGAUUGUCGGAUCGUUGAAAGAGGCGGCAGACGUGGAACGGAACCGGUGGUGGUGCUGGAGCGCUCAGGCCCCCCCCCCCCCCCCCCCCCCCGAAUUGGAGCAUCCCUUUCCCUCGGGUUGCACCUCGCUCCCCCUGCGCGCCUCUGCUCCAGAGGGAGGCCGCGAGCGGCGACGGGAUGUAGCAGCGGAUUAACGGCGGAGGAGAGCGGCGGGACGUGGAGGGAAAGGGAAGGACAUGGGGAAGGACCAGGAGCUGUUCCAGGCCGUCAAGACCGAGGACUUGCUGACCGUUCAGCGCCUCCUGCAGAGACCUCGGCCCGGGAAAGCCAAGCUCCUCGGAGCAGCCAAGCGAGUGAACGUCAACAUUCAGGAUGCAGACGGGUUGUCGCCUCUGCAUCACGCCGCUCUGAGCGGCAAUAAGGAGAUGAUCUCUCUGCUGCUGGAGGCGCAGGCAGCCGUGGACAUUAAAGACAAUAAAGGGAUGCGUCCUCUGCAUUACGCCGCCUGGCAGGGCAAGACUGAACCACUGAAAAUGCUGCUGAAGGCAGGCUCGUCCGUCAACGGACAGUCGGACGAAGGACAGAUCCCGCUCCACCUGUCUGCUCAGCACGGACACUAUGACGGGUCAGAGAUGUUGCUGCAACACCAGUCCAACACGUGCAUCUCAGACACGGCGGGAAAAACACCGCUGGACCUCGCCUGCGAAUUUGGACGCGUGGCAGUGGUGCAGCUACUGCUCAGCAGCAACAUGUGCGCCACUAUGCUGGAGCCCAAACCGUCCGACCCCAACGGGGUGUCACCUCUCCAUCUUGCCGCCAAGAACGGACACAUCGACGUGAUACGGUUGUUGAUUCAGGCUGGCAUUGACAUCAACAGACAGUCUGAGUCUGGUACAGCUCUGCAUCAAGCUGCCCUCUGUGGGAAGACAGAAGUAGUGCGCCUCCUGCUUGAGAGUGGGAUCAGCGCCGGAGUGAGGAACACUUUGAGUCAAACUGCACUGGACAUCGUGAACCAGUUCACCACCACACAGGCCAGCCGUGAGAUCAAGCAACUCCUCAGAGACGCGUCCGCUGCCAUGCAGGUGCGAGCGCUGAAGGAUUACUGCAACAACUACGACCUCACCAGCCUCAACAUCAAAGCGGGAGACAUUAUUACGGUUUUAGAGCAGCACUCGGAUGGCCGAUGGAAGGGAUGCAUUCACGAUAACCGCACGGGGAAUGACCGCGUGGGCUACUUCCCGUCCAACAUGGUGGAAGUCAUCAAGAGGGCAGGCCUGUCCCCCUCCCAGCAGUGCCACACGCUGCUACUGCGCAGGCCCAACCCCUGUCCCGUCGGCUCGCUCAACGGACACUCGUACCCCCCCUCCAAAGUUCUCCCCCUGCACCUGCCCUCCCCUCCCACCCCUCACCCCAACGCGCAAUCCCUCCCUCGCUUCUCCUCGUUCGGGUACGUGCCUCUUCCCAUCUCUCCGCCUUCUCUCUCCACUCCUCCUCCUCCUCCGCCUCCUCCUCUGUCUACUCCUCCUCCUCCUCUCUCCACUUCUCAGGAGCAGCAAAGUCAGACAGGUUCUCGGACCACCGAGUUGAGCCCUCAGGGUUCUCCCACUUUGGGCCAGCAGAGCAGCACCAGUGAGGACAUCUGGGUGCUGCGCAAACCGCUCGCAGGUGGUGAACGCAGCGGCAGCGUGGGCAGUCUCGGAAGUGCCCGCUCGUCAAGCAGCCUGCAGGGCUCGGGGAACACUCAUGUGUUGACCACGCCCGCUCCCAGUCCUCACCCAGCACCCACACCGGGAGUCAACACGCACGGCCUCAACGCGCCGGGCCUGAAUGCGCAAUCUGAGGGGGUCAAGCUACUGGCCACAGUCCUGUCCCAGUCGGUAAAAGCCAAGGAACAUCUCUUGGAGCAGUCGCAGUCCAUUGAGCAAUCAACCAGCUCUUCUGCUUCCACUGUUCAUGAGCACCGGCCAUUUGAGCGCAAGGCUGAGGAGGACGAUGGGAAAAAGCAGGCAGUGGUGGCGUGGCUGGGUGAGUUUCAGCUGCAGUUCUACACCACCCACUUCCUCACGGCGGGAUAUGAUCUCGACACUGUUAGCCGCAUGACCCCCGAGGACAUGACGGCGAUUGGGGUGAUGAAGCCCGGACAUCGGAAGAAGUUCAUGUCAGAGAUCAGCAAGCUGCCCUCGGCGGACUGGCUGCCAGAGCGCAAGCCCGCCAAUUUGGCAGAUUUCCUUUCUCACUUGGGUCUCAGUCAAUACUACCAAGUCCUGGUGCAGAACGGUUACGAAAACAUCGACUUCAUCUCGGAUAUCAGCCUGGAGGAUCUUCAGGAGAUCGGCAUUUCCAAACUCGGCCACCAGAAGAAGCUCAUGUUAGGAGUGAAGAGACUGAAGGACUUACAGAGAGGAAGUCUUGAUCCGGAGGCUCAGCAAGGUCCCUCCACCCCUCCAUCCAGCCCGGGCGGCGGCAGCGUCUCGGAGCCCCGCACGGAGGCGAGGGUACAGCGAGAAGGUGGUCCUAGCCCCUUGGCGAAACCACGCCCGAGUGUCUCUCGUUCUCCAAAUCCCCCGCGCACGCCCACGCAAACGCCACCACAAACCCCCACGCACGUUCGAAACCAGCAGGCCUCCCCUCGGGCUCGGCCGAGACCCUCCGCCCAGCAGGCGACGGUGGCAGAUUCGCCCGUGCCGACGCUGCGGCUACCGAGCGAGGAGGAGGAGCUACGCAGAACUCACAGCCUGAUGGGCCCCGAAACGGACUCGCGCUACGCCACCGUGUGCCGCAGCGGUUCCGCGCGCAGCCCCGCCAACGACGUCACCGUUAACCGCAGCCAGUCGUCGGUCACACUGCGUCCUCGGCGGAAAGGUCGGCCCCCUACGCCUCCGAAACGGUCCUGCUCUUCCAUCACUGGGGCCGACGGGGAGGGGGAAGGACAAGGGGAGGGGCUCCUCGGCACGCCGACGUUUCGAGAAAGGCGAGCCAGCGACUGCGGCGGCCUGGGCUCGGCUUUAAGAGUUCAGGAGUCGGCCGGGCUGGGGAGGUCAGAGGGGGCUUCUGGGAGCGUGCGCAGCCUCGCCGCCAUGCUGGAGACGUCCAUCGUGAGCGGAGCCGCAACCCUGCCGAGGAAUCUGGGAAGCAGCGCCAACUACACGCAGGUGAGCCCCCCAACACUCCGUCGCCAGGCUGGCUCAGGCGGUCUCGGAUCGGAAGAUGACGACGUCCUGAAUCGACACAGGACCGUCAGUCGACCAGCGGGCGAUGAGGAGGAGGUCCCCGCGCAACCGGCCCAGCAACGUCCAGAACCGCGACCCCGUUCCACCGUGGUCUCCUCCGGCGCCGAGAUCUCAGACGGCUCGUCGACGCUCCGAAGGAAACCUCGCCCUCCUUCGACAGACCCCGUAUCGCCCGUGUCUCCCACGGUCGUCACCAUGACAACCGGCUCCGAUACCUUACGCAGGAGGCAGCGAGUGGCUGAGCAAACAGAAGCCGUCGUCCAAAUAAGCAAUCAACAAUCAGACUCGUCCAAAAGUCCGGGCGACGGUUGCCGGCAGCAAAACGGUGGCGUUGUGCUGAGGCGGAGGCCCGUGUCGGAGACGUCUGAUAGGACGGAGAAGAGUAGGGAGAGCUGUGAGUGGAUGGAGGCCAGGAAGUCCCUGAAGCCGCCGGUCUCGCCCAAACCUUCCUCGGUGGCGCUGAGAAAAACGCAACCCGACCCUCCAACCCCGACUCGACGGGUCCCCAUACCCGGUCCUGACAGCGCUGACACUGCACAGAGUCCUGAGACAAAGCGUGUCGCUCCUCCCGUGUCGCCCAAACCUCGCGGCCCUCCGACAGCACCCAAACCAGGCAAGGCUGCCGUCGCCUCGACGGCCACCAGCCCGGCAGCCACCAGCCCUGCGGCCGCCAGCACCUCCCCGACCCCCAAAGCCUCCCCGCCGCCCUCGGCCGCCCCCCUUCCCGCUCCCGAGGCGCCCUCCGGCCCAUCCCUGUCGCCGGGACUGCCCCUUACGUCUCCCUCGCCCGCCCAUAGUCCCUCCACGCCAUCUCCUCACCCCGUCAAACCGCCGCGCUCCUCCAUCGCCGGCCUCUCCAUCGACCUGUUGGGAGUGCAGGAGGAAGAGGAGCGCAGGAAGGAGAGGGAGCAGAAGAAGCACAAAGAGGAAGAGGAGGAACAAGAGAAAAAGUCGGUGCAGAUGGAAGGGGAGGAAGACGAGGGGGCGCAGCAUCGUCUGGAGGAGACCAGCGCCUCUUUGGCUGCGGCUUUACAGGUCGUCGAGCACAAAAUCCAAGAAGACGAUGCGCAAAAUGACAAAAAGACAACCGUGUCCAUCCUGGAUGACAUCGGCAGCAUGUUUGACGACUUGGCCGACCAACUGGACGCCAUGCUCGACUGAUCCAGUUUCAAUCCCUCCCGUCCGUCCGCCCGCCGCCUUUCUCCGGAUGGCGUGGAAAAAAAUCGCUCCAAAGGCCGCAAGUGUCCAAGGUGUCGUUCACUUGGGUCCCACCACACUUUCUCUCUCUCUCUCUCUCUCUCUCUCACACACACACACAAAACUUGGCUACUGAUGCUCUGAGCUGACAGAGAAGAAGCACAAUCAUUCUCAUCUCUUCAGACGAGAAAAAAAGAAAAGCACAUGGACUGACUCACUGGAGAGGAAGGCAGGGACAAACAGGAAGCAAACAGUUGAGUGUUAAAUAUAAAUACAUAAAUAAAUAAAUAAAUAAUGCAACAUGCAAAAUAGACCAUGCGCGGAUGCAGUUUUCCUAUUUCUCUUCUUCCAUGUGGAUGAAGGAGAGCGGUCCACAGAAGCUCCUGAUGUGUGUGCGGGUGUGUGUGUGCCUGUGUGUGAGAUGCAUUUCUCUGUUCACGUCGUUGUUGUUGCUGUUGUUGUCGUCCAGUUAGGAGUGUGUGUCGUCCUAUAACGAAAUGUCAAUGUCCUCCUUCCAAUAAUUAACACCCUACUUAGUCCAACGAUCGCAAGGAUGUGUGCCCGCAAUUCCGGCCAGCACCGAAACACCAGAGGUGGGGGGAUUGGAGUCACGUGACUUGACUGGAGUCAGACAAUUUUAGGACUUGGAACUUGCUUGACUAAAGCUUUUGAAAGACUUCACGUUGACUUUGCUUUCAAGACUCGACUCAGAAUUGAACUACGGUCAUUUCGCGAGAAAAUACAAUACAAUUCACCGUUAUUUACCUCGCAGAGCGCCAACUUUUCCAAGUUAUUCUUUUGUUUUCCUCACAGCCCUAGAGAAUUGAUAAUAACCAGCAAAUCAGGGGAGCCAAGUAUUCGUGAGUACAUAGAGAGGAUUAUUUCACGAUAUUCCUUUUUUUCCGACCGAUGCCAGUAUUCCCUUUUGCCCAAUGCCGAUAUUGAGUAACAGUACCUUGUACUUUUGAUAGACUAACUCUCUUUAUUUCAUUGUCAUUAUGUAUAAAUAAAUUGUAAUGAUGUUUAAAAUGACCAUGUUAACCCCCUCGGGGAUAGCGGUUACUACAGUGGACAGCUUGUCAUGUUAUCAGGUUACAGGGUGCAUGAAAGGGUUAAUUAAACAUCAUGGCAAAUAAUUGUGAAUAAAGACCCUUCUUUGGGGAAGACUUAUUCCAUGUCUGACUUUUUUGCCUUAAGUAUCGGUGGCUAGUAUCGGCAGCCCUCAUUUAUGCUUUUUAAAUACAUGCAACAGUGUGAUGCGCAGUGCGGGGUUCGCUCAUGAAGUGCUUUAUGGAGGAAGCUCAGAAGUUCAUUACUUUUAGUCUGAAGGAUGAUGGUUUUUUGUUUUAACCCUUUCAUGCACCGGGUAAUGUGUUGACAUGAUAAGCUGUCCACCGUAGUAACCGCCGUCCCAGAAGGGGUUCAAAUGAAAAAGAGACUGACAGCAUUUUCAACUCAAAUAAGAAACAACAAUGACCACAUCAAACUCCAUCCGUCAAUUACAAAAGAAAAAAAAACAAUCGCAAAGACUUUCCAUUGACAAACUAACCUAAGACUUACAGGCUAAUACUUGAGAUUCACGUUGUGACUUGCUCCCACCUCCGCAAAACACAAACAUAUUCACAUCCUAUUUUAUAAUCUUGCUGGUUGUUUUGGUGGCGUGAUUGCUCAGAAUCCAAAUUACAUACACACAUUAUGCAAAAACACAUGCAAGCACAUGAUGUAUCCCUCUCGUCCCGCUGCAGUGAACAGUGGUUUUUUUUCUUUCAAAGAUAAUACUAUAUUUCAACGCUUUAUAUAGGACAUCCAGUAUAGUUGAUGAUAGACACAGUAUCUGGGCGUUUGAGCUGUUAGAGCUCUCUCUAUUGUCGGUUAGUCAAACUGCCUCUGCCCCCUCUGUGCCUUGGUCGUGUUCUUUCAUACCUUUUCCUGUUGUUGUUGUUGAUGUUGUUUGCGGACUCUUUUUGUUUGAUGCCCCCUCAUGAAUCUCCCAGCGUAUUCAUGUUAGAAGAAGCUUGUAGGUUUGACUAUUGAGAAACAUUUUUGCAAGCCCUUCUUUAAGAUGUUCUCAGUCACCUUUGCUGCCCCCCUCCUGCUCUCAGCUCCUGAUUUCCACUGGUGGAGUCCCCCAAUAAAGAGCCUACUUGUAUUUUUAAUUCCCUUUUGGAAAAAAGAUCCCAAAAUAUAUUUGAUUGACAGAUAUAAGGGGAAAAUGACAAUAUUAAUUAUGGAUCGGCGGCAAGCCGAUCAAGUCUGUUCAUUUAUGGCUGAAUGUGUUGUGAAGGCCGUUGUGCCACAGUCGGGUCUCGAGGUUUGGUUUUCUGCUGUGACGAUGCAUUCCUGUACAGAUGUGAACAGAAUAAAUAUAAGGAUUAAACUUGUGCGUUUACUGGGCUCUAAUUCGCUUGCUUCAGCAGUUUUGAUUAUCUAUUUGGAUGGCCAUCCCAUUCAUUGGACAUAACAGCGCAGGUGAGAAAGACAUCGGGAUAAGACUAAUUCCUGUUUUGUUAUCUAUACACGAUGACAGAUGUGGUUAUCAAACUGUAAGCCCUUCGCAUUCAUCAAUAACCAAGAAAGUAGAUGUCACUUUCAAAAAGGUUAGUGGCCAAAAUCCUGCUUUAGGGCGACGUAUGAAACAAGCGUACAAACUUUUUGCUCGUCUGAUCUAUUUUAUUCUGGAGAGCACAGUAUGAGGGGCGGUACUUCCGGUUGGCCCUUUCAGUUAUUUCUUUUUCCGUUUCCGCUCUCUUUCCUUUCCUGCAGCGAUGGAGGACAACGUGGAAGUGGACUCAUUUACAUCUCUUCAAAUUUGUUCAGAACCAAAUCAUGGCAAAGUCUUUGCCAAAGACGGUCCACAUAGUUCCCUGUUUAACUUGCAGAGAUUUUACCACUGCAGAAAAAGAAAAGAACCGAACAUAGCAGAGCGAGAGCAGAUGAAGAGCCCAUCAACGAACGUGAUAACCCUAAGCAGAAAUACAGCAUGAAGUGAACGUUUCAAAGGCGGCCAAGUCUGAAUGAAGAACGCAUCCCUGUUUGGAUUUGAGGCACGGAACAUGCCGCAAAGGUGAAGAGGGACCGGUCUGAGUUGAGGAAGCAUUACACCCGACAGGAUCUGAAAGUUGGUGCAGUGUUCUCGACGUCCUUCGAGACAUUCACACCAAUGCUGAAUGUUAAAUAUAAACAGUGCGUGGGCUGUCUGCAUACACAACAGGCUGCCACAUUUAAUGCUUCAACACCCUGAACACCCCUUUCCCAGUUUUGUCAAAAUCAUUUAAGGAUCCUGUAAAAUGUGUUUUGCAUAAAACGUUCAUUGUCAAAGGAACAAUUGUGAUCUGUGUGUGUUUAUGCCAUUUGUUUCCUUGUAUUGUGUGGACCAUGUUAAAAGCAUACGUAAGAUAACCUUCAUUAUUCCCAGAUUGAA